AUGGCUAGGAGGGACAGCCGAUGCUCAAUGAUUGUCUCCCAUUGAUGACCAUCACGUUGAUGAUGGCACAGAUCCUGAGAGUAGCAAAGUUCAUCUUUAUCACCUCCGUGUAGUACUGUUCUUAUUAGGAACUCUAAUAUCUUGUUUGAUUGAAACAAAUAUCUUUUUACUGGCCAUUUUCACUAUGAAGCAGCCGUCUGCUACAGAUCGACAACAAGCACAUUUUGAGUCAGAUGACUUGGGCCUAUGGUACAGGAGAGACUCACGUGAUAUAUAUAUAUGCAUCUCAGUGAGAAUCCACCAAGAUAACAAUCCCAAAUUAUAUGGUUUCAUGAAGGAUAAAUCCGUAUGAUCUCGUUGACUCUGUUAUGAGAGUGAGUCAGCCUCUGCCUCACAAGGACAACUUCAGUAGGCCGAUUCAAUAGCAUUUUGUUGUGCACAGAGCUCCUCGCCCCCUUCUUCAGUUUCCCUCCUCCUCUUACUCGGUCUUCACACAGUCUCCUAUCUAGUAGGAGCUCUAAAUCCGCAUGUCGAGUGAAGAGUCAAGCAGUCGCUCCCACGAGGAAACUGAGGAGGAUGGAAGCCAGAACAAGCCAAGUGAAUCCACCGGAGCUUGUGACUCUCACAGGGGAAGAUGGCUGCAUGGUUGGGCUUUGGACCCCUGCACUAAAUGGGUCCGGGAGUGGAACCGUAUCUACCUCCUCGCCUGUGCUCUGGGACUGAUCGUGGAUCCACUCUUCUUCUACACGUUAUCGGUGAGCGGCGCCUUGAAGUGCAUCUUCGUCGACGGAUGGUUCGCCGUCACCGUGACGGCCUUGCGGUGCAUGAUCGACGCCAUGCACGUCUGGAACACAUGGUUGCAGCUUAAGAUGGCCUACGGCGCUAAGCGAUCCGAGGGGGAAGAGAAAGGCGAGAAAGGUGGAGGGGGAAAUUUCAUGCCGAUCUACGUGAAAUCUAAGAGGGGCUUCUUCUUGGAUAUCUUUGUUGUUCUCCCUGUGAUGCAGAUCGUCACAUGGGUGGGAGCUCCGGCGCUGCUACGGCGAGGAGCAACGACAACAGUGAUGACCGUCUUCCUGAUAACGUUCCUCUUCGAGUACCUUCCAAAGAUCUACCACUCCGUCUGCAUCCUGCGUCGCAUGCAGAACUUCUCAGGAUAUGUGUUUGGGACUAUUUGGUGGGGAAUUGCUCUAAACUUGAUGGUCUACUUCGUCGCAUCACAUGCUGUGGGUGCGUGUUGGUACCUGCUGGGAAUACAGAGGGCAGAGAAAUGCCUGAGAGUGCAAUGCAGCCGGGUAAAAGGAUGUGGUCCAAAAACAAUGGCUUGCAUGGAUCCCAUCUACUAUGGUGCGGCAACAAGAACAAGGGAUGAAGCCAGGUUGGAUUGGGCCAAGAACUUGGAAGCAAAGACUAGAUGCCUCGAUAGCAGUGACCAUUUCCAGUACGGAGCCUACAAGUGGACCGUUUCUCUGGUUACUAACACUAACCGGCUGGAGAAGAUACUCCUCCCCAUCUUUUGGGGCCUAAUGACUCUGAGCACUUUUGGCAACUUGGAGAGCACCACGGAGUGGCUAGAAAUUGUCUUCAACAUCAUCAUAAUCACAAGCGGUCUCAUUCUGGUCACCAUGCUCAUAGGAAACAUCAAGGUAUUUCUACACGCGACUACGUCGAAGAAGCAGGCGAUGCACUUGCGGAUCCGGAGCGUGGAGUGGUGGAUGAAGAGGAGGAACUUGACGCAGGGGAUCAGGCAGAGAGUGCGGCAGUACGAGCGGCAGAGGUGGGCAGCGACGAGAGGAGUGGAUGAGUGCGAGAUGAUCCGAAAUUUCCCGGACGGGCUGAGGAGGGACAUCAAGUAUCACCUCUGCCUUGAUCUCGUUCGGCAGGUCCCUUUGUUCCAACACAUGGAUGAACUGGUGCUCGAGAACAUCUGUGAUAGGCUGAAGUCUCUCAUCUUCCCUAAAGGGGAAGUGAUUGCCAGAGAAGGUGAUCCGGUCCGGAGAAUGCUGUUCGUAGUGAGAGGGCACUUGCAGAGCAGUCAAGCCCUGCGAGAUGGCAUCAGGAGCUGCUGCAUGCUGGGGCCUGGAAACUUCAGUGGCGACGAGCUCCUGUCAUGGUGCCUGCGGAGGCCGUUCGUGGAGCGACUGCCGCCGUCUUCCUCGACGCUGGUAACCCUGGAGCCGACAGAGGCGUUCGGGCUGGAAGCUGACGACGUGAAGUACGUGACGCAGCACUUCAGGUACACGUUCACCAACGAGAAGGUGAAGAGGAGCGCACGGUACUACUCGCCCGGAUGGCGGACGUGGGCGGCGGUGGCGGUGCAGCUUGCGUGGCGGAGGUACAAGCACCGGAAGACCCUCACGUCGCUCUCCUUCAUACGACCACGAAGGCCUCUGUCGCGGUGCUCCUCGCUGGGGGAGGAGAAGCUUCGGCUCUAUACUGCGCUGUUGACGUCGCCCAAGCCGGAUCAAGAUAACUUCUUGUGAGGGAUAGGCGAUCGUGUUAUUUGGGAACAUGUUAUGUUAAUAUUAUUGUAAAUCAUAUUUAAACGUAUUUUAUAUUACCUUAUUAAAAUUUCAAAAAACAAGUAGUAUUUAAUAAAUAUGAUCAUUUGCUUCUCUGUA